CCUUUAUUGGGGUUCUUUGGAAUGACCUUGUCAGCUCAUAUCAUCUACUGCAGCUCAUAACAUCUACUGAUAAGACAUGUGUACAACCAGCUCGACAAGAUGAGGACACACUUACAAGUCAUAUAUAUAGGAUUGGCUGCGCUAACGUUAUCUGCAACGUACGCCCUGCAGUGCUUUAGUUGCCAUGGAGUCAACGACACCAGCGCGUGCAUAGCCAAGGUAGAAUGUGCUGCAAGUCAGGCGUGUUAUCACCGGAAGCAGAACGUGCCGUCUGGGGAAAAUGUCGACAUGGGUUGCCUCGACUCAGCGUUUUGCACAAACAUCGGUGGUAUAAUCGGCCGCUCCGUGCCUCAGUCCCGUGGGUCAGUCUGUACGGAAUGUUGCUCGACGGACUACUGUAACGACCAACUCUGCUACCACAGUCAGCCCUCUGACUGUGUGGAUGAUGAGACAGUGGACUGUGCCAGGCUGAGCUCGCUGUUCAACAUAUGUACAGGCGACUAUGAACAUGCCGCACUGGUCUGUCCAAGGUUCUGCAACCUAUGUAACUAUAAGAACGGCAAUUGGGCGGAAUGGUCCCUCUGGUCAUCCUGUUCGAUCACUUGCGGUAACGCAACGUUGACGCGGACAAGGACGUGCACAAACCCUCCACCCUCAUCCCACGGGAAGCCAUGUCCGGGGGCCUCGCUGGACUUCAUGUCCUGUGUCCGCAGCCCUUGCCCAUUGGAUGGAGGUUGGGGAAGCUGGACCCAAUGGUCCUCGUGCACAACCACGUGCGGUAUCGGGCUGCAGAACCGAGAUCGAGCUUGCGACAACCCGCCACCUAAGCUGUUCGGGGACCACUGCUUCGGAAGCUCCGUUGACUUUCGAACAUGCUUGACGAGGGCAUGCUCAGACGGCGGAUGGAGCACAUGGUCACUAUGGAGUUCCUGUUCAGCCACAUGCGGUGGUGGUCUGCACAUCCGGUCUCGCGAGUGCUCGAACCCCGCACCAUCACCGUACGGCCAGCCGUGCCCUGGACCUAACGUGGACUCCGGACUGUGCAACACACAGCAGUGUCCACAGGACGGCAAUGUCAACAUUGGCUAUUGGUCCACGUGGACAGCAUGGAGCACUUGCUCAAGCACGUGCCCUGGCGGGGAGCGAACACGUGAGCGUUAUUGUAGCAAUGGUGUAGGGUGCGUUGGCAACGAUCAACAAUCGAUGAGCUGCAAUAACGGAAACGCUUGUGUCCGCCUUACAUCCGGGCGCCUGGAGAUAAACAUUUACGGAGAGUGGGGCACGGUAUGCGAUGACAACUUUGAUACCAACGCCGCACAGGUCGCAUGCAGGAUGCUGGGACAGUCCACGUCCAAUGCUCUGGUUAUCCAACCUCCAGCCGGUCUCUCAGUUAUGCCCAUUCUUCUGGAUGACGUCAUAUGCAACGGGAGGGAAAGCUCGCUCCUCCAGUGUACCCAUCUCCCCAUAGGACAUAACAACUGUGGACAUGGGGAGGAUGUGGGCGUGUCGUGUUAAGUGGGCGUUACCGCUAGAUGGUUUAUUUAGAGCGCGUGUCUUUCACAUUGCAAAGUUCAACCACCUUUUCUAUCGCUAUGUUAUUUCAUGUGUAUGUGUAAUGUAUUUCGAUACCGUUCUAAUGUAUAUUAUAAACGUGUGUAAACAAACAAAAUCUUAUUCUAACAAGUUUAAUUAAGAUAUCCAGGGACCUAUAUAAACAGGGAUCCGCGACUGUCAUGAUCCGAAGAACAAACUUACGUACCAUCUCGUGUGACAACGACACUGCACACGAGAGCAUUUAACACAAUGUUUUACACGAAUUGUAACUAUUAACGAAGAUUUGUUGAACUUGCGACUUAUAAUAUACUUUGUGUGCGUCAUUUGUUGUAAUUUCUUAUAGAAACAAAAGAAAGUAGGAUAUGUGUUUCUCGAUAUAAUAAAGCCACACUACAGAAUAA